CACAUUUUUGGACUGUCAUAAUUAUCAACCAAUGUAUUAGUCUCUAUAAGUUGGGUACUGAAUCAGAUUCAUUACCCCUCCUUUCCCUUUCCUCAAAAACACCAAAAACUGAGAAAUACAAUACAAUAAUAAAUAGAGAGAAGAUAAGCCCAAAACCCAUAGCAUUAUCUUAAACACCCCCACGCCCACGCCCACGCCCACGCCCAACCCUUAUAUUUCGUAAUUUUCACUCCAUACCAUAAACCCCUUCAUUAUCACUAUAAACAGUUGACUCAAAUUUACCAAAAUUCCAUUUUUCAAUUAAUUUGGUGACAAAAGAUGGCGAUUUCAGACACAGUUGUAGGGAAUUUAACAACGUUGUACCUGUUGGUUAUAGCAGCAAUGAAGGCAUAUGGAUUGAUGACUGGACAGAGUUACAGUGGAGUUUUUGUGCUGAUUGUAUCGACAGCAGUUGUAGGAAGUGUAUUGAUUUUGAGUCUGACGUGGGAUGUGUCACGUAAAGCUAAGUAUGCUUUGACACGUCAUCAUCAUCAUCAUCCGAGUCAGCAUAACAACAACCAGCCACGUCAUCAUUCAGAUGAGUUUUGUCGAGGUGGCAUAUGUUGGCAUGGUGUUGCUGUUAGAUCUCCAGCUUCUCAGGUUCGGUUUCGGCUUCCUCAGCACUACCCGAAUUAGUGAUUUUGUGGAACUGUUAAAAAGUGAAAUUGAGAGAUUUUUCACUGUAAGUAUGUAAAUAAGUUUUGGAAUUUUAUCUUUUUAAGAUGGAAUAUUGAAAAGUGGGGGAGGAUCAAUGUAAAAUAGUUGCCGGAAUCGGAUUUAAGCAUGUAAAUAAAAAUGUCUGUGCUUAUUGGCGAAGUGUUCUACGAGCAACUGAAUUUUACUUACCAAAAUAUUUUAGUAGAGUGAUUUACAAUAUCUUUGUCAUCAGGGGCGAAGCUAGAAGGACGUAAAAGGGUUUCGAAUGAAUCUCUUCACCGAAAAAUCACAUUAUAUAGUUUAUACAAGAGAAAUUUUGUUUUUUAAUAUAUAAUAGAUGUUGAACCCUUGACGAAAAUCCUAUUUCUCCCUGCACUAUGUGUUAUAGAAACUUUACUUUAUCUUCUAUGAACUACCUUCUUCAGGAAAAUCACAUUUUGUAUGUGUGUGAUAUAUAUAUAUAUAUAUGUAUAUUUAUAUAAACAUUAUUAUUAGAUGCAUUUUUAAAAUUUUAUUUUAUUUAUUUAGACUAACAUGUUAGAACCUUCUUGGUGGAAAUCCUUUUUUUGCCACUUACUAUAAUAUAAAAAGUUCUUAUGACUAAAGGAUUCAAAAGUUUAUAUAUAUUACAGAACAAUUAUUUCUAUCUUAUUUAUUUUUACAGUUUAAUUCUUCGAUCUUCAUUUGCUGUGGUUAAGUUGCUGGUCUCAGCUUAUCAUAAUAUUAUCGUGCAGUCGAUGGUCACGGAUUAGGCAUCCAACAUGCAGUUGCAUAUGCAAAAUUUUGUGUCAGUGAUCGUUUAUUGUCACAAUUUGAUUUGUACUCUUUGCUUAGACUGGGCCUAUUUACAAUAUAUAUUUAGGAAAAGUAUGCUAGUAGAAAUUGAAAACAAAAAUGUGGUAGAGAAACCCAUGAGUUGUUGUAGUAUGACACUGAGAUGGAUUUUCAUAGAAUGCACAGACAGUUGAGAUUCAUAGACACUUAUUGAAAUUUUAGGAAGGCGAUUUGCACAAGUCUAUGUAAAUUCUGAAAGAGUUGCUUACAAAAAUAUGUGAGGAUUUGUAGGGGACUUGGAAUCAAGGGCAAAUUGGAUAAGUUCUUUGAUCUUUUUAGAUUGUUAGCAAAUGAGGUACUUUAAUAACUCAAUUAACAAAGUUGAAUUGAAA